AUGGCAGGCGAGGAAGUGGGGCAGGGCAGGAUAAAGCUACGCCAAGCCAGACUGGCACCGACUCAGAGGGCAAGCGCGAUGCGACGAGGCACGCGGGAGGGCGCGCGCACGCCACACGUUGAAUUGCGUCGACAGCGACAGCGAGAGCGAGGGCUAAGCAGCACCAACGGCGAUGACGCCAGAGGCAGCACGAGGAGUGGGCAGAAAAGGAGCGUGCUGCGGGUGCAAUGCUGCCACGAGAGCGUGUGGACGUGGUUGGUGGCAGGCGCAAUUGGUCCAAGGCGUCCAGAUGGUGGGAUUUGGGAUCGGCACGACGGAGAGAGGGACUGCGGCACUCAGGCGUCAAGCGAAGCGUCGUGGCGGGCGCUCGAGCAAGAGGUAGGCCGGCUGGGCCGAGUGGGUGGACGGAGAGCAGCAGCAGCGGCAGAAGAAGAGGAAGAGGAAAAAGGACAAGAACAGGGACAGGGACAGGGAGCCGGGCAGGGAGAAGAAGGGGAGAGAGGGAGAGAGAAGGACGGGACAGCAACAGCAGCAGCAGCAGUGAUGGUGCCUUGCAUAGACGGGCCCCAGGCAGUUCCAAGGACGCUUGGGAGGGGGGUGUGGUGGGAACACAAGCGGGCAGCGGGCAGCACAACAAAGCAGCGGGCAGCCGGCGGUUGGCGGUCAGGGAGCAAAUGUACGACCGUCGGACGAGGCCUUGUAGAGAACGGAGAGAGUCGAGUCGAGUGUGGGUGA